AUGCUGUUCACGGCAGCACUAAGUUACUUCUUGAUCUCAUGGAGCUCGAUAUUCCUUCUCGACUAUGUGUUGCGAAUUAGAAAUUUCACACCCUAUGUGAAUUUCGCUAAUAAGUAUGGUCUGGAGGUGGCGCCUUUUCAGCUGCGAAUAUACACUACUCGCUACAAUGAAGGAGCUUAUCUACCUGCUUCAAAGGACGUGCCUGUGAGUCGGAAGCUAAAGUCAUUAUGGUUCUCAUUUGGAGCUGUGGCGGCACUAGUUUGUUUGGUUGGAAUCACCAUAUACCUCUCACAUAUUGUCUAUAGAGAUACUUCGUAUUUGCUAUCACUUCGGCCCAAAGUGGCGCCAUAUAGAUCCAUUCCACAUACUGUUCUGGAACAAACCUCACCAGAGGCUAAAAUGUUAGACGAUCUUCCUAUGUCACCCACAGAGGAAUACGAUGUACUGGAUGCGUCUGGUGGAUCAGAAACUGGUCUCGUUCCAAUUAUUCCUGGAGUGAAUCUGCCCUGGAGCCACAUUCCGAUUUUUGUGGUAGUGCUUGCAGUAGCCGCAAUAAUACAUGAGAUUGGUCAUUCUGCUGCGGCGACGACGUAUAAUGUUCGUGUUAAUGGUUUUGGAGUCUUUCUGCUUGGACUGUACCCUGGAGCUUUUACCGAUAUAGAUACGGAGUCCCUGAAACGUAGUCAUCCUCGGCACCGUCUAGAAGUUUUCGGUGGUGGCAUAUGGCACAACAUAGUAUUGGCCGGUAUCGCCUAUGUGAUGUUUUUAUGGACGCCAUACUUCCUUUCACCAUUUUUCGGGCAAGGCCAAGGAGUUACUGUGACAGGUGUCGAUUCUCGUUCUGGUCUUUAUGGUGCCGGCGGCUUAGCAAUUGGAAAUGUUGUUGAUUCGAUCGAUGACUGUGCCAUACGAAAACAUGAAGAUUGGAGAGAAUGCGUACGGCAUCUGGAAAAGAAUAGGCACGGUCAAUGCGUUCCGCGUACUGCCGUUGAGGCGUCUUUGGCAACAAAGACCUCUAUGUCACUUGAUGAGAUGCACUGUUGCGAUGACUUCACAAAUAUUACUCACGCUCAUAUGUGUUUCGAGUCUAUGCUGGAUAUAACAACGAAACACCUUGUCACAAAGGCGCAGUCGCUGAAUCGAGUGCUGCGUGUUGGGAUUAUAGAGCCUGCUCAAGAAAUUGUGCGUAAAAAACGCAAAAGAUCGCGACAGUUCAGCUGUCUCUCCGCUCAAUAUGUCACAUCUCAACCAACGUGCAGCAAUACUUCCAGUUGCGCAGUGGGUGAGGACGGUGAGGAACGUGUUUGCGUAUUUGCAGCCCUUUUUAAUGGAACGCAAUUAGCUCGAAUAAGUGUAAGAAAUCAUGUGAGGCCCGUACUAUAUGUGGGCAACUUGGACGAGCUAAUCACUUAUGUAAGGAUCGACGGACUAGUGGCUCGUUUCUCAUGGGUGCCACACCAUUGGGCUGAGUCUGUGGAGCUGGUACCAAAGUAUCUCUUCACUCUAUCACUAGCACUAGGCCUUCUAAAUAGCGUGCCUUGCUAUGCUCUUGACGGGCAGUAUAUUGUGGUCACAUGUGUCAACUGGUCGUGUAAGAUGUUCUCGAGACGACGUCGUCAGCAGCUGAUUACUAUAAUCUUAUCGCUCGGAACACUGUUGCUGGCUGCCAACGUUGUCAUCGGUUUCGUAAAAAUGGUGGUUUAA